GGACGAGGGUCGGCAGUCGGGUGCUGGCGCCACACCGUCCUGCCGGACCCCGCUGCUGUUCCCUGCCUGCCACUGCCGCACCCCGCCUCCACCCCAACCUCUCACCAUAGCCACCUACCACAACCACCACCACCGACAGCGUCUUCUCCCACCAGAGGCGUAUGGCGCCCCUUGCGACGUUAGUAAGAUGAGCUUGUGAGAAGUGUUUCCUUCUCGCCCCACGACACACUCAAAAUGAGCGUGUGAGAAGUGUGUUUCCGCCCCGCUUCAUUACACACUCAAGAUGCCCUUCCGCCUCCCACCCCUCUCCGCCUUCGUAGAGAGCGCCGCGGCGGUGUGGGAUGUGGCCAAGAGCACCAUACCCGAAUCUUGUCUCGGGGGCCCCGACGAACGCCUCAACUUCGCCAAACACGGGCGUAACCGUGGCGAUGUUGAGAUGACAGCCGUGAGUAACGAAGAGGGCGUCCCUGGGGAGGGGGGCGUCCUUCCUGAAGGGCAGCCGCCCCUACAGAGGGAAGGCUCUGUGGGCAGCGUGUCCACCACGGUUGGGGUGGAGUGCGCGGAUAACGACCAGAUCACGGAGUGGCAGGCGGGAUGGAACGUCACCAACGCCAUCCAGGGGAUGUUCAUCGUGUCGCUGCCCUACGCGGUACUCCACGGGGGCUACUGGGCUAUCGUCGCCAUGGUGGGAAUAGCCUACAUCUGCUGCUACACGGGCAAGAUCCUGGUCGACUGCCUUUACGAGCUCAAUGAGGAAGGACAGUGGAUCCGCGUGAGGUCUUCCUACAAGGGCAUCGCCAGGGAGGUGUUUGGGCAGAAGUGGGGGGGCAAGAUUGUCAACUCUGCUCAGCUGAUUGAGUUGUUGAUGACGUGCAUCCUGUACGUGGUGUUGUGCGGCGACCUGAUGAUCGGCAGCUUUCCUGACGGGCCCAUCGACGCCCGCUCCUGGAUGAUGAUCUGCGGCAUCUUGCUCUUGCCCUGCGGCUUCCUCAAGAACCUUCAUCACGUGUCCACGCUCUCCUUCUGGUGCAUGGUCGCCCACUUGGCCAUCAACAUUAUCAUCUUCGCCUACUGUAUCGGCAACGCCUCCACCUGGGCCUGGUCAAAAGUCAUGUUCCGCAUAGAUCUCCUCGAGUUUCCCAUCGCCUUGGGAAUCAUCGUCUUCAGUUACACGUCGCACAUCUUCCUGCCCACGUUAGAGUACAACCUGGUCGACAGGUCGAAGUUCACAUGCAUGCUGAACUGGAGUCAUCUCGCUGCGGCACUCUUCAAAGCGCUGUUCGGUUACGUGGGAUUCCUGACCUGGGCCGAGGACACCGAGGAGGUCAUCACCAACAACCUCCCGAACCCAACUUUCAAAGGAUUUGUCAACCUUAUCCUGGUGGUGAAGGCCAUGUUGUCCUACCCCCUACCAUACUACGCCGCAGUCGAGAUCAUCGAGGUCACCUUCUUCCGUGGACGGCCCAAGACAACGUUCCCCUCCGUUUGGGCGCUCGACGGGGAGCUCAAGGUGUGGGCCUUGGCUGUUAGAGUCCUGGUGGUGGUCUUCACCAUUCUGAUGGCUAUUUUCAUUCCACACUUUGCUAUCCUGAUGGGCUUGAUAGGUUCCUUUACAGGAACUAUGUUGUCCUUCAUUUGGCCAUGCUAUUUUCAUCUUAAAAUCAAGGCUGGCAAACUGGAGUGGGGGGACAUCGCCUACGACUACUUUGUAAUCUUCUUAGGCUUUCUCUUCGGUAUAAUUGGGAUCACCACCUCCUUCUACGCCCUGGUCGAGGCCUUCCAGAUUGGUCUGCCCUUCUAGUGCUCAGGAUCAAGAACUGGUUUCGAAAUACCUCCAGUUAUACAAGAAAUUCAGUGGAAUCUUGCACGGGAAAGUGCGGCUAUUACACGCUGUAAAUCUCUUUAUAAGUGUUUAUAACUGCAUCACGCUUCAAAAAAUAUUGGAAAUAGAAUUAAUGAGUAAUCUUUUUAUGAAGCAAUAAUCAACUAGGAAACAGGGCAGAGCAACAGCUGUGAAAAGGCGGCUUUAGCCAGCAAGUCAAGACUGCUGCGUGUCAGUUCGCCACGUGUAGGAUGCACGCCAGCAAGAACGCCAGCCCCCGUGUCAGCGACACGUGCAGAGUAGUCUGACCCAGGAUUGCCCAGGGACCAGCGCCUGCAGUCAUCAUCACCUGACCCUCGUCGUCAGGUUCAUCGUGUCUUCCAGGGAUUCGUUCCCAUGUUCUCAGAGUCUGCCUGAACGGUAACCAAGUCUUCCAGUAACAUUAGAGUAGGACACGUGUGUGUCAGAGAUAUAAGUUUAGGACACUGCACUGUCGAGGAUAAAAAAGUUUUAGAGCCAUGCUGCUUAAAAAAAAAAAGUGCAGUUGUAGGACACAAGUGCGCCAGGUAAACAAGCCUUGUUAAUAACUGUGACAAAAACAACAAAUCAGGGCUUGUGUUGUUUUGCUGAGCAAGUUGGUGUGUGGGCGGCGAAGAAUGUGGCUAGCUUGUGGUGUGUGGAGGACCCAUGUGGAGGACCUCGUGAAGGUCCUUUGAAGCUCGAGUCACGCUCCACCUGCCAACUUUUUUUUUUUUAAUCCACCAAUUUCUUAGAUGCAAAAAUCAACUAGUCUGUGAGCGUGGUGAGAAAGCACGGUGAAUGUUAGCGGCCUCUCUGUGCUCCGACUCGCUGUUCCUGCGUGUGUCACGCCAAGAGAACCAUCAACCGUCUCCCAUCCACGCCUGCUACCACCAACACCACCACAACUGCAGCUACCACCAAGAAAAACGCGACCGCAGCCUCCGCCGCCACAACCAACAACGCUCUCUGCACUUCACUUCUAGAGUCACAGGUUCCAGAUUCCGUGAUAAGCAUGGUAACAAUGUCUUCCAUUUUUCAACGUGAUGUUUCCAGUGUGUAUGAAUGUAAGGAGUGUUGAGGUGUGCAUGUUGCUUCUGGCUUGCCACAGUCUUACUCCUUUGAAGUAUUGAUUAGAUGACAUUGCAGAUAAUACCCAUAACAGUUAAUAUAGCAAUAUGCCAUUGUCAUAAUAUACAUAUCUGGAAAAGAAAUAUUUGUAGCUAGCGAGAGAUGGUACACUCUUAGACCAUUUCUCUCUCUCUCUCUCUCUCUCUCUCUCUCUCUCUCUCUCUCUCUCUCUCUCUCUCUCUCUCUCUCUCUCUC